AGAAAGAACUGUGAUUGCAACUGACUCCAGCAGUGCAGCAAUAAGUGUUAAAAAUUUGAAAUCUGAGGCAAGACAAGAUAUUAUAUGUGAAAUUGGUCAAAUUAGUUAUAGGCUAGGGAGACAAGGCAAGCAAGUUAUUAUUUUGUGGGUUCCGGCACACACAGAAGUGGAUGGAAAUGAGUUAGCAGACAAGUAUGCAAAAAGAGGGGCUGCUAAAAAUGUAAUUGACUUUCCCAUGAAGUAUAGUAGAUCUGAAGUUAAAACAAUAGUUAAAGAACGAAUGAAGAAGAAAUGGCAAAGACAAUGGGAUACCUGCUUGAAAGGUCGCUUUUAUUACUCCAUUCAAAGACGUGUAGAGGGGAAUUUAGGAGAACACAGCUGUUUAGGCCGGAAAGAGGAGGAUGUCUUGUCACGAUUAAGACUCGGGCACACAGGGCUGAAUAGCACUCUGAGAAUUAUUGGAAAACAUAAUACAGGGGAAUGUGAAUGCUGUAGAGUGGAGGAGAAUGUUGAGCAUGUAUUGAUUUAUUGCCCCAAGUUUCAGCAGCAGAGAAGAGUAUUCAUGAGGAAAAUCUGUGAUAGUAAAAUUAAAUUCGAGGUCAGGGAAAUUUUGAGUAAUUUAUCUUUGAAACAUGUUGCUAGAGCAUUGCUUUUAUUUAUGGAAAGAACAGGUUUAAGAGAGAGGGUUUAAGGGCUGCUGGGGCCUUCCUGCCCCACACUCCGUUCCAGAAGGUGGCGGUAAUGCACCUAAAGUUGCGUGCCAACUGCCAUUAAACAAAAAGAAGAAGAAGAAGAAGAAGAAGCUGGGGCGGAAACAAUUUGCGGCUGCAGGUUUGCCACCAGCGGCAUACAUGGGGACACACGCAACACUGAGGAGGAACUGAGAAUGAAUGACCGAGUUCAAACAAAGUGUCCGUGAGUUUCUGUUGGGAAAGCAUCAAGAUCUGCGGCAAACUGUGCAGGAUUGCCUUCAUCUCCAAAAUCCUGGUUGCAGCCGGUGAUUGGCAGGAGGAGGAGAGUCUGACGGAGGAGCAGAGGAAUGUUGGCAGCCAUUUAGUCUGAGCUCAACAACGGAGGAAACAUGGAUUCUUCACAAAAGAAAUGUAAACACAGCAAUGGAGUGAGAUGUCGGACCUCUGAGGAGGAUAAGGAUGGUUCGGCAACAACGGCAAAAAGAGAUGAAUCACUGAGUUGUGAGCAAUGUGACAAGACUUUUAUUACAGCAACAAAGCUAAGAAUUCACAAACAUAUUCACACUGUGGACAAACCAUUCAGCUGUGAUCAAUGUGGAAAGGCUUUUACUCAGAAGAGUGACUUAAAAAGACAUCAACUCAUUCACAGUGGAGUUAAACCAUUCAGCUGUGAUCAGUGUGGAAAGGCUUUUACUCACAAGAGUCAGUUAAAAAGCCAUCAACUCAUUCACAGUGGAGUUAAACCAUUCAGCUGUGAUCAGUGUGGGAAGGCUUUUACUCAGAAGAGUGACUUAAAAAGACAUCAACUCAUUCACAGUGGAGUUAAACCAUUCAGCUGUGAUCAGUGUGGAAAGGCUUUUACUCACAAUAGUCACUUAAAAAGCCAUCAACUCAUGCACAGUGGAGUUAAACCAUUCAGCUGUGAUCAGUGUGGAAAGGCUUUUACUCACAAUAGUCACUUAAAAAGCCAUCAACUCAUGCACAGUGGAGUUAAACCAUUCAACUGUGAUCAGUGUGGUAAGGCUUUUACUCGGAAGACUCAUUUAAAAAGCCAUCAACUCAUGCACAGUGGAGUUAAACCAUUCAGCUGUGAUCAGUGUGGAAAGGCUUUUACUAAGAAGAGUGACUUAAAAAGACAUCAACUCAUUCACAGUGGAGUUAAACCAUUCAGCUGUGAUCAGUGUGGAAAGGCUUUUACUCACAAUAGUCACUUAAAAAGCCAUCAACUCAUUCACAGUGCAGUGAAACCAUUCAGCUGUGCUCAGUGUGGAAAGGCUUUUACUCAGAAGAGUCAGUUAAAAAGCCAUCAACUCAUUCACAGUGGAGUGAAAUUGUUUGGCUGUGAUCAAUGUGGAAAGGCUUUUACUCUCAAGAGUACAUUAAGAAGUCAUCAACUAAUGCACAGUGGAGUUAAACCAUUCAGCUGUGAUCAGUGUGGAAAGGCUUUUACUCACAAGAGUCAGUUAAAAAGCCAUCAACUCAUUCACAGUGGAGUUAAACCAUUCAGCUGUGCUCAGUGUGGAAAGGCUUUUAAUCAGAAGAGUAUGUUAAAAAGACAUCAGCUCAUUCACAGUGGAGUGAAAUUGUUCAGCUGUAAUCAGUGUGGUAAGGCUUUUACUCGGAAGACUCAUUUAAAAAGCCAUCAACUCAUUUACAGUGGAGUGAAACCAUUCAACUGUGAUCAGUGUGUGAAAACCUUUACUCAGCAUGAACAGUUGUUGAUCCAUCAAUGCCCCCAUUCUGGUACAAAGCGGUACCACUGUGACUCCUGUGAAAAAACUUUCAGCUCCCAACAGACCUUAAAAUAUCACCAACGCAUCCACACUGGACAUGAUGUGUACCGAUGUGAUCACUGUGGUGAACCAUUUGCAUUGUACUCACAGUUAAAAGCUCAUGAAGUGACCCACACUGGGGUUAAACCAUACCUUUGUGAUCAGUGUGGGAAACGCUACAGCUACAUUGCAAACCUCAAAGUUCACCAACGUGUCCACACUGGGGAGAGACCAUACAGAUGUGAUGAGUGUAAGAAGACUUUUACAACUUUGGGUUCCCUGAAACAACACCAGCAGAUCCGCACCAGAAAGAAAGCAUUCAAUCAGUGUCACAGUGAGAACGGAACAGAUGGACAAAAGUCUCAGACUUGUCAGCACUCUGCCAAUGGUGAACAGUGCUGCUUUGACCAGUCUGGACCAACGUCCAACCAACAAGGAACCCUACAACGACACCAGCGUAUGCACACUGGACACAGACUGAACCCCUGCCAAGAAGAUUUCUCCAUGCAGGGUUCAGUAAAGGUUUAUGAAGUCCUCCACAAACUUAAAGUCCUUGAGAUCCGGCUUCAUAGAAUUCAGGUCUAAUUUCUUGUUUAGUGUCUUCGUUGCUUCGUUGCAAAAUCCAUUAAGAGGAAAGCUGUCGUUAACAGAUGUGACUGGUAAAUUAAUCAAACCGUUCAAAGUGGUUACUCAGUUAAAUGAAUUAUCAGUGGUAGAGGGAUAGACGUCUGGAUGGAGGCAGUGAGCAGCAGGGCGAAUUUCCUCAAUUACCACCUUAAUGGUUCCUGAGAUCCCUCUGGGCUGCAGGAACCCGUUAGAUGCAGAGCUGGUUCAGUGAUUCUCUGAUGAUUAAGCAUAAUUAAUUGAGGAGAUUACUGGCCUUAGGGUUCCUGUCUGUCCGUCUGUAAAUUUAAAAACAUGAAGUGUUCUAUGAAAAGUCCAAUCUUUGAAAGCUGACAUGUAGUUCCGAAUCAUUUCUUUGUAAAUUAGCUGCAUCCAGUCAUUACCAUGACACUGGCAGUGAUUCUCUGAUGAUUAAUCAUAAUUAAUUUAGGAGAUUACUGGCCUUAGGAUAUCUAUCUAUCUAUCUAUCUGUCUGUCUGUCUGUCUGUCUGUCUGUCUGAACUUUCUCAGCUACAGCAUCUGCACCUCUGCUUCUGUGUGAAGUAGUCAUUACAGGAGAGAAAGUGUAGAAAAUCUGACAAAUUUUGUCAAGUGGUCCAGAAAAAUCUGACUACCCCUACAACUUCUCUCCUGUAAUGAUAGUAAUAAGUAAUACAUAGUUGAUACUUCACACAGCUGUAGCAGAGGUGCAGAUGUUGUAGCUGAGAAAGUUUGGAGGUUGCCACUUCUUGCAUUCCAAGAAUAGUAGGGGAGUCAGAUUUUGUCAAGUGGCCCAGAAAAAUCUGACUCCAGAUUUUAUUUCAUAUCAUACAAUCUGCACUUUUAACUCAACCUGCAUAUUUCUGUUCAAGAUCUAGUUUUGAAAUGGUCUCUCUGUUCUUAAUCUGCCAUACUGUGAUCAUUUAGCCCCUUAUUUCAAUAUUCUGUUCUUGCAGACUGUAAUUUACGAGUUUUUUUUUUAAACUUGUUGUGAUUUGGUGUUUUAGCUGUUGUAGCUAAUAAUUUCCCAGGUGUGGGAUCAAUAAAGAAUUUCAAUUCUAUUAUAUUGUGAACUGGCCCUAUAAAAAUAACAACAAUAAGAAAUUACUUUAUACUUAAGAACGAUACUUAUAUUAAAGACUUUAUACAUAAAUACCAGACAUAUUUUGAUGCCAUAUCUUGCAUUCUUAGGGGAGUCUGAUUUUAAGUAAGGAGAUAUAAAGUUUUCUCAGUGAACAAUUAUUUUAAUGACACGUGUAGAACACUGAUGGAAUGUGAACAAUAUUUGGCGACUACACCCUGUCCUGUCCUGAUGUCCUCAUAGGAGUGAAGCUGAGAGUAGCGUAGGAUCUCCCCAAUGCCAUUUAGGGUGGGCACAUACGGAUGAGAAGAGGAGGAGAAACAUGUCACCUAAUCAUAUUUAACAGGAAAACAUGUCUGCAGUUCGGUACUUAGUCACAUUUAACCCAUAAACAACAGCAAAAGCAGUAAACGUACGACAGAAAACCCCGUCAAGUGGCCACAGAGUGAAAAGUAAGUCACACACGUUCACGCGAAGGGGGAGUCAGAUUUUUCCGGGGAGUGUGAAAAUUGCACAACACCUGGAUUAGUCCGAAUCCUUUUUUCUGAUUGGCUGAGACGAGACACGUGACAGUGUGCAUCUAUUAAUGAUCGGAAGCAUUCAGGUCGUUCCGGUUAUACUCGGUAGCGCUCUUCAGUAAAGGAGACGCAGUUUGUUAUUUUCUUUGAUUAUCGCUCGGCAAAUUACAAAAAAGUUGCAAGUUAACCCUUUUUCCACAUUUAUUAGGCAAAAUUAGCUUUGCCACCGUGGCUAAACAUGCUAAAAAUGGCUUUGCCAUCCUGAGGAAGGCUUCGCCUAUGGCGAAGUGGAGAAUGGCUAGCGCAAGCACAGAGACACCCUGAAAAUUUGACACAAUCUUAAAUAUUAUGAAAUAUUUGUUGAAAAGUCUUUUUCGUGUGUUUCUAAGGGUGUGGCUGCAUCAGAAAGACACAAAUACAAAUGAUGUUUUUUUGGUUUGUUGUUUACAAGAAAUAUUUUAUGGAACCAGUCAAUUUUCAGUUUUAAUGUCUUUUAUUAGGAUGUGUUUAGUUUUAUGAUUGUACUAAAAUAAAUGACUCUUGAAGACCUCAAA